GGCUCGCCCGGGACGGGGGCACCACGGCCGGUGGCCCUUAGCCCCGCGUCUGCCAAGGGCUGAAGGAAAGGGGGCGGUCAGGUUCGGGGCGCAGCCGUCUGGAGCCCGCCGUCGGCGCAAAGGCAGGGGCCAUGGAGGGGCCGGGGGAGCCUGGGGAGGACGGAGCGCGAGAGACCCCGUGCCCACCUCGGCUGGAGGAGAUCCGGAAGCACUGCCUGCCCACGGACAAGUGGCGGAUAGAGCGGAAGGUGUAUGACAUCACCCGGUGGGCUGAUCCGGCACCCGGAGGCAGCCGCCUCAUCGGCCACCAUGCGGGAGAGGAUGCUACGGAUGCUUUCCACGCCUUCCACCAGGACCUGUGCUUUGUGAGGAAGUUCCUGAAGCCCCUGCUGAUUGGGGAGCUGGCUCCCGAGGAGCCCAGCCAGGAUAAACAGCAAAAUGAGCAGCUGAUUGAGGAUUUCCGGGCCCUGCGCAGGGCUGCAGAAGACAUGAAGCUGUUUGAGGCCGACACCGAGUUCUUCUCCCUAAUCUUGGGCCACAUUCUGCUCAUGGAGGGGCUCGCCUGGCUGGUGAUCUACCUCCUGGGCACUGGCUGGGUCCCCACCAUUCUCGCAGCUGUGGCCCUGGCCAUCUCCCAGGCUCAGUGCUGGUGUCUACAGCAUGACCUCGGACAUGUGUCUGUCUUCAAGAAGUCCAGGUGGAACCACCUGGCCCAGCAGUUUGUGAUGGGACAGCUGAAGGGUUUCUCGGCCCACUGGUGGAACUUCCGCCACUUCCAGCACCACGCCAAGCCCAAUGUCUUCCACAAGGACCCAGAUGUGACAGUGGCCCCUGUUUUCCUCCUGGGAGAGUCUUCGGUGGAGUAUGGCAAGAAGAAGCGACGGUACCUCCCCUACAACCAUCAACACCAGUAUUUCUUCCUAAUUGGGCCACCCCUCCUCACACUGGUGAAUUUUGAGGUGGAAAACCUGGCGUAUAUGCUGGUGUGCAUGAAGUGGACGGACCUGGUCUGGGCCAGCAGUUUUUACGUCCGAUUCUUCACGUCUUACGCGCCCUUCUACGGCGUGCCAGGAACCCUGCUCCUCUUUGCCUCCGUCAGGGUCCUGGAGAGUCACUGGUUUGUGUGGGUCACCCAGAUGAAUCAUAUUCCCAAGGACAUUGGCAGCGAGAAACACAGAGAUUGGGUCAGCGCCCAGCUGGAAGCCACCUGUAACGUGAAGCAGUCUCUCUUUAAUGAUUGGUUCAGCGGCCAUCUCAACUUCCAGAUUGAGCAUCACCUCUUUCCCACAAUGCCUCGGCACAAUUACCACAAGAUUGCCCCCCUGGUGAAGUCUCUCUGUGCCAAGCAUGGACUCAACUAUGAGGUGAAGCCUUUCCUGAAGGCGCUGGUGGACAUUGUCGGGUCCCUGAAGAAGUCCGGUGAUGCUUGGUUGGAGGCUUACCUCCACGAGUGAAGUCGCCUAGGUGGAGAGAGCCCAGGGCAGCCUUACCACCUGGUGCCCAACUCUCAGCCUCACACUCGAUGUCUAGUUUGGGGGGAGUUGGGGAAGAAGGGGCUGAGCCAGUGAGCCCUUUGAAGAAGGCAUCUCUACCAAGCUCAGCCCUGUACAACUGGGCCCAGCUCUUCCCCUAUUCAGAACCCUGGGCCCACCCGGGUCUUUUCUGGCCCUGAAGCCCCAGGCUCCACCUGGAGAGAUCUUAGGGGACUUGUCCAGGGCAUGUGGGCUCAGGGCCAGACCCCAGCAGAGGAGGAGACUGCAGACUUCCUUCUCAGGUCUGCUCCCCGCCUCUGCCCUUGAUUUUGGCUGGGCUUGGGUUCCUGCCUGGUUUGUGAGCAUUGUAGGUUAAUGAUUAAAAACACACCGAUAAGCUGAACACA